AUGCAGUUGUUCUGCUUAAUCCCCGCGUUCCUGAUCGUCACAGCCUUGGCUGCGCCAAGUUUAGACGGAACCUCGGAUUCUUUUUCUAAAUUUCAGGCCCUGGCCAAAAAUGCAACAGCUACUGAAGCAGACUUGCUCGAAACACAUACAUCGUCAAAGCGGUCUAGCACAUGCACUAAGGACAAGCUCGUAGUUCGCAAGCCAUGGGGUUCUCUGAGCAAGAAGGACCGCAAGGCUUAUACCGAUGCCGUGAUAUGUCUGCAGUCACUACCAGCGAAAACACCGAUCAAGCUUGUUCCUGGUGUGAGGUCACGCUAUGAUGACUUUCUUGCAGCUCACAUCAACCAAACUCUGGCAAUUCACUACACGGGCAAUUUCCUCGCAUGGCACAGAUAUUUCACCUGGAGCUAUGAACAAGCUCUGCGGAAUGAGUGUGGCUACACUGGUUACCAACCCUACUGGAAUUGGGCGUUGUACGUCAAUGACCCUGUCUCGUCGCCCAUCUUCGAUGGCAGCGCCUACAGUAUGGGAGGUCAGGGUAAGUACAUUGCUAACAAGGGGCCCAUUGCUCUGACACUCGGCAACUACCCCAUAAUCUACCUCCCUGCCGGCAAUGGAGGAGGUUGCGUGACCUCUGGUCCUUUCAAGAACAUGACAGUCAACCUCGGCCCCGUCAACUUGCCUUUGAAUAACGGUUCUGUGAUCACUGGCACUGGCUUGGACUACAACCCCAGAUGCCUUAAGCGCGAUGUAUCUGCCGGUGUUAACUCUGCUUAUGCGAAUGCGACCUCCAUCAUCCAACUGAUUCUCCAGAACAACAACAUCGCCGAUUUCCAAAUGAAUAUGCAAGGAAUUCCCGGCUCUGGGUCCAUCGGUGUGCACGGUGGUGGUCACUACACUAUCGGCGGUGAUCCUGCAGGGGAUGUCUUUACCAGCCCUGGCGAGCCCGUCUUCUAUCUGCAUCAUGGUAUGAUCGAUCUCGUUUGGUGGAUCUGGCAACUUCUGGACUUUGGCAACCGCCGCAACGCUAUUGCUGGCACCAACACGUUCUUGAAUUACCCAGCGUCGGCAAAUACAACACUUGAUGAUAUUGUCGACCUCGGGUAUAUCGGUGCCAAGCCUGUCACCAUUAGAGAGUUAAUGAGCACCAUUGAUGGUCCGUUCUGCUAUACAUACGAAUUUUAA